GUUUACAGGGCGUAACAUCCCAGUAACGCACCCAUGGUUACCUAAUGUCAAGAAAGAGGAAGUUCCAUCUUUUGAUGUAGAAACAGGAGGAGAAGUGCAGCAAAGUGCGCUUCCUGAUGACAGUAUCAGCAAGCAAAACAUCCCAGUGGAGCACAUGGGGUUCCAUAUUAUCAAAGUUGAGGAAGUUCCAUCUUGUGAUGUCAGAGGAGGAGGGAUGGUGAAACAAAGCGAAAUUCUUGAUGACAAUAUUAAAAACAACAGAGAUGCAGAUUUUGCCGAGGCUUUGAAUCAGCAUACAGCAGAUGAAAACUGCCUCAGUUCUGAACAUGACGCUGCUUUGCCAGAAAAGAUUUCUGUCACAGGAUUUGACUUGAUGAAGACUGCAGGCGGACACGAUAACUACAUGGAAGGACUGAUCAAGAAAUGUGAAAUAGAAUUGCAUCUGAAAACUCACAGAGGUGAAGGGCCUCGCAAAGGGCUUAACUGCAAGGACAGUUUAACAGUUCAAAGUAACAUCCCAAUCGAUCAAGAACUUCACAGUAAGAAAAUAUCGAAUGAGACGAUGAAAACACACUAUCAAGUCUGUAGUAAAAAGAUACUGUAUACAUGUGUCAUGUGUGAUGAGAGUUUUACUGAUGCAAAAGAUGUAGUAAUGCAUCACGUUAUCCACGCAAAUCAAAAUCAGUAUAGUAGUACCACAAGAGAAAAAACAUUUACACAGAACUCCAAUGUGGUAAGUCAUCAGGUAACCCGUGUUCCAGAGAGAACUUAUAAGUGUGCCAUGUGUGGCAAGUGUUUGGCAGAUGAGAAAAAACUGGAACAGCAUCAGAAUGUUGUCCACUUUGGAGAAAAACCUUAUAAAUGUGCCACAUGUGAUAAGAGCUUUACAAGUAAAAGAAGCCUGACAAAACAUCAGAAUGUCCACAAGAAGCCAUAUAAAUGUGUCACGUGUGGUAAGAGUUUUGCAAAUAAGAGAAAUGUGGCACAACACCAGAAUGUGCACACUGGACAGAAACCCUAUACAUGCACUAUAUGUGGCAAUGGUUUUGGCUAUAAGCGUAGUUUAAUGCAACACCAGUUAGUCCAUGCUAGACAGAGACCUUAUACAUGUCACACAUGUGGCAAGAGUUUUGUAAGGAAGAGUAACAUGAUACAGCAUCAGUUAGUCCAUACCGAGCAAAAACCAUAUACAUGUGGCACAUGUGGCAAGGGUUUUACACUUAAAAGAAGUUUAGAAGUUCAUGAGACUGCCCAUACUGGACAGACACUAUAUAAAUGUACCACAUGUGGCAAGGGAUUUACAAGGAAGAGUAACUUGGCAAAUCAUUAUUAUGUCCACAGUGGACAGAAGCCAUAUAAAUGUGCCAUAUGUGACAAAAGGUUUACAAAAAAAGUUAGCAUGGUAAAACACCAAUUAAUGCAUGUAGGGCAAAAACCCUAUAAAUGUACUACAUGUGGUAGGGGUUUUGUUGUUAAAAGAAGCCUGGAGGUUCAUGAAACUAUCCACACUGGACAGAAACCAUAUAGAUGUGCCACUUGUGGUAAGGGGUUUACAGAGAAGCGUACUAUGGUAAAACACCAAUUAGUGCACAUUGGGCAGAAACCCUAUAAAUGUGCCAUAUGUGGCAAAGGUUUUGUUGAUAGAAGAAGCCUGGGAGGGCAUGAAGCUACCCAUACUGGACAAAAACCACACAAAUGCACCACAUGUGGUAAGGGUUUUGUAAAUAAAAGAAAUUUGGAAGGUCAUGAAACUAUACACACUGGACAAAAGCCACAUAAAUGCAUCAUCUGCGGUAAGGGUUUUACAAUGAAGGGUAACUUGGUAAAACAUCAUUAUAUUCACAGUGGGCAGAAAUCAUAUAAAUGUGCCACUUGUGACAAAAGUUUUAGACAAAAGGUAACUUGGGUAAAACAUCAGUUAGUCCACACUGGACAGGUGUCUGGGUUGAGAGAGAGAAUCAGUACAGAAAAGAAACAGCAAACUAGUUUGAACUGAAUUCAUCCUCAUACCUUGGUGAGCACCUCAAUUUGGCACUCUAAAGACAAAACUGAUAUACAUACAGUUGCACAUAUACCUACAAACUGUUGUAUAUAUCAUGGAGAAAGAAAAAAUUGAGAAAUAAAACUGGAAGGUGGGUGUGCUUGUUCCAGGAUUAAAAAAGGGCCCAGCCAUGGCUAGUAGAACUAGUGGGAAAAUAUGCUAAGGAUGACAGAAAUCACUGACAAAGUGUUACGACCUCAUUUUAGCAAACUCACUUUGACAGAAAAUAGUAGUUCACAAAAAAUUGCUUAGACAAAAACAGGUAGAUGAUGACCAAUAAAUAAAUCAUGUGUUGCUGUUAUUACGCAGUAAACCUAGAAUUCCCCAAAAGAAUGACACGCAGGAACAUGAGAAAAAUAAAAAAUAUUCUAGCUGAAAAAAAAGAGAGAAGAAUCAGAAUUCCAGUGGAGCAAACACAUUAAACCAAACAGUAUGCAGACGAAGAAACGCACAGCUAGAAAAAGCCGUAAUGGAAGUAGUUUGAGAUGAGAACGUUGCAUGCUAAGUAUCUAAAACCCAAAAUGGAGAAGUGUGGAACUGUGAAACUAAGUGGGAUUUAGUACGGUGUAUUUUGUAAAAAGAAAAAAGUUGCGUUAUGUGAUAUGGCUAGAGCCAAGUUAAUGACAUUUGAAAGUAAAGAUACCUAGACAUGGUGACUGUUACAAAAAAGAGCAACCAAGUAACCGCACAGGGACGUACUGUAAUAUAUGUGACAGAAGGACUACUGAAAGUGAAUGAGACACAAAUUGUUGAAAUAUUAGUCAAACAAUUGCAUUAAACAGAACCAUUUAGAAAGAUCAACAUGAUGUAACAGGGAUUACCAGAAUACAUUGUUAUACAGCUAAACUAAUAGCAAGAAGGUUUCAACAGGAAGAAAGACAGUGAUAAAGGAAAACAGACAAAUAGAAUAUCAGUUUCAAAAUGCCAUUUAAAGGCAACUGUAGCAUGCUUAAAAUGUAUCAUUAUUAAAGGGGAAAAGGAAGUCCUUCAGUAAAUUGUCUUAGAAAAGUAAAUGUGCUAAAAGAAAAUCAUAAUAUAAAAUCAGGUCAGGAUUUUCUAAUAAUUAAAAAUCUCUGCACAGGAUGAUAAACGUGUGGGGGUGAAAGUAAUUUAAGGAUGCCAGGGAAAUGGGAAGAAACACAUCGAUAGUUUCUGGAAAAACAGCAGCGAAGACCUUGUUGAGGAGAGUAAGUAUUAUGAAUGAAUAAAAUAAACAAUAUGGCAGCUAAUUUAGAGGAUGCAAAAUGGAAUGAAAAAGAACUAUCAGUGAGAAUGAGACAAAAUUAAAAAAAAGGUUUCCAAGCAGAAAAAAUGGGGUAACUGAUACUGCACCCAACUUCCAUUUAAAGCUAUAUUUGCACCAUGGUUAAUUUUAAUUAAAAAAUAUUUAUAUGCACAUCCUGAAAUGACACUAAAGUGGUUAAGAAUGGUCAAAACUGUGCAUGUCCUGAACAGUGAACCAGCAAACCAUCUUAAAAAUUAUUGCCUAACAACAUGCCUCUUACAACAUUUAGUUGUCUGUAAGAACUGGUAUAGAAUCUAUAUUAUUUUAGAUAAAAGUGACAGUAGAAUAAAAUCAUACAGAGCUGAUUAUCAACUUGGCCUCCCUGUACUAAACUACAGACUUAGCAUGAUUAGCAAACCUCACAAAGUAUUGGUUCAUUUAAGUAGAAAAAAAUAUUGCUUUAAAUUUAAUAAAUAGCGUACUGAAAAUGUGUGAGGCAAGGUGAUAUAUGCUGGAGGAACGAGGACCCUUGAAAUUCAUUGUAUAUAUACGUUUGCAGUUGUAUAACUGCAUCUCUGUUUAUUGGUAUCACCAGACACAGCCAUACUUAAAUAUCUAAGCCAUAAAGAAAACAAGUUUAACAAUUUAGAUGCUCGUAGAGAUGUAAUCAGCCCAGAAAUGGACAAAGAAAUGGGCAACAGCAGAAAAUGCAAAAAAAAAAAAACAAUAUAAAUAGGCAACUGGUGUGUGGGGGAGGGGGGUUGGAAAGCCCACACUUAUACUGGCAAGUACAGAGAACUUCUCAAACAAUUGCAUGAUGGAAACUUUUGAUGCAUGAUUGAUUAAGGAUAGGAGCAACUGGAUUAGUGAAAACUAAUUUUAAAGUAUAUUUAAAGGUGUGACUAAUACAUGUAACCCCAUAUGAACUGCAGAAAGAGGUAAUUAUGGGUGCAUUUUGGGUGUUGAGCAGAGUGUUUUUAUCACUCUUGAAGCAUAACUUAUUUCGUGAACUUUAAUUAUGUCAUGAUAUAGGAAUUGGGUCUGUUCCUUUCAGGGUAUUACGAAACCUAAAUAUCCGGUGAAAUUAAUUAACGUUAGUGAGUAUCUAAGUACACUACUUGGGAGAGACACUUUUUACAGAUAAAUAUGUCAAAGCAUCAUCCUAUUCACACAAUGCCUGAUCACUUGGAGAAAUUAAAUACACAAUGGUUUAGCUAUAUUAGAAGGAAUGGGACACUACAGGGAUACAGAAUAAGGAUACCCAGAUAGCUGCAGUGGGAUAUAAAGAGGAACUUCCAAACAUACUUAAAUAUUAUUCCAGUGCUUGUCAUCCCAUAUGCACUAAAGAGGGACACAAUUUUGGGUACAUAGGUUCGUAGGAGAAAAGUACACUAACUGCCUUGAAGAGCUAUUUUAAAGCCAAGCCAAUAACCUAAGGUCAGAAUUAAACCCUGUACCCUCUGCUUAUGAGGUGAAACCAUUAACUAUUAUACCAAACCCGUCCACUAUAUAUUGAGAAGAGUACACUUGGCAAACAUCAAAGAUUAAAGUACACCUAAUUUUGUGAACCUUAAUUAUGCUUUGACUUAAGAAUGGGGUCUGUUGUUACAGCAUUAAAACACUAAACACAUGGAGAAAUUGAACAUACUAAAUGAUCUAAAUAAACUGUACUGUACAAGAGCCCUAGAGAUAUGCAGCAUAUGGCAAAAUUAUACCAGAAUAAAUUAUUUUGGACAUUUGGUUAUUCAGAGUGUAUAAAAGCCAUGUAAGAGUGGCACACAUUGCACUCUUUUAGUAGUAAAACCUCAGUUUGUUCAAGUGGACAGGAAUAAUAUAAAUUUACCACAUAUGACAAGAAUUUUACACAGAAGUGUAGCUUAAAAGAACAUUUGAUAGUGCUUACCUGUUGUAAACAAUACAAAUGUGCAUUGUGCAGGGGUUUUUUUUAGACAGAAAAGCAUUAUGGUAAGAUAUCAAAGUAUUCAUACUGCAGUGGAAAAUGGCAUACCCCUGUCUCUCUAUAUACAUCUAAUUAUGGAAAAUUUUAAUUUAACAAAUUCACUAAAUGCAUCUGAUCUGA